CGCUCGGUUACAGGUUAAACUGAGGAGGAGGAGGAGGAGUUAGAAGUUCCGCUUUGGGGUCCGGAACGUAGGUCCAGCUCUGACUUCUCCUGUAUUCAGGAAGGAGAGAGGGAGGGGGGAGCGGGAGCACCUGGCCUCCCCUCCCCUGCUCCUCUGUUGGCAGAUAAACUCGGGAGAACCCGGAGAGUCCGUCCCGGGCCGGGGCACCCUCAGACUGCCCGGCUGCCGGAGGCUAGCAACGUCUCCGGGCGCCCGCGGCUCAUCCCUUUCCCGCGAGCCGAGGAAAGAUUUCUUCCGUGUUUCUCCCUCCCUCUCGAACCCCGGAGCUCGCUCGCUCGCUGUUGCCUCUGGGUCCCGGCGGCCGCGGAGAGCCGGGUCGAGCCUCCGGCUGGAGGGAAGAGGCAACCCCGGGGUGUGCGAGUCCCUCCUGGCCCCGAGCUGGGGAGCGAGGAAGAGGUGGCGCGGAGCCCGCGGGAGGACGCGAAACCCCGCGAGGCCCCGAGCCCCUUCCUCAUUUCGCCCGCCUUCCGGGGACCGCUCUGAUUUUUUGCGUCCCAAGGCACCGCCAGGUGUCUGUCCUCGCCACCCGCCCUCCCCGGCCGGGGCCGAGGGGCCGAGGACCCGAGGGCCAGAGGGCCAGAGGAGCCGGGGACGGCAGCGCCGCGCGGCGGGAGUGGGCAGCGAGCGCAGGCCGGUGAGGAAAUCUUCUCGGUCCCAGGCAACCGCUGCUGCCCCUUUGAUGUUUUGGUACGCCUUGCGCAUGCGCCUCACAUUAGAAUUACUGCACUGGGCAGACUAAGUUGGAUCUCCUCUCUCCAGUGAAACCCUCAAUCCCGUCCAAAACUAAAGGGAUGUGGAGAGUCCGGAAAAAGGGCUACUUUGGGAUCUGGCCGUUCCCCUUAAUAAUCGCCGCUGUCUGUGCGCAGAGUGUCAAUGACCCUAGUAAUAUGUCGCUGGUUAAAGAGACGGUGGAUAGACUCCUGAAAGGCUAUGAUAUUCGGCUGAGACCAGAUUUUGGAGGUCCCCCCGUGGCUGUGGGAAUGAACAUUGACAUCGCCAGCAUCGAUAUGGUUUCUGAAGUCAAUAUGGAUUAUACCUUGACAAUGUACUUCCAGCAAGCUUGGAGAGAUAAGAGGCUGUCCUAUAAUGUAAUACCUUUAAACUUGACUCUGGACAACAGAGUGGCAGACCAGCUCUGGGUGCCCGAUACUUACUUCCUGAACGAUAAGAAGUCGUUUGUGCACGGAGUGACUGUCAAGAACCGCAUGAUCCGCCUGCAUCCAGAUGGGACGGUCCUUUACGGCCUCAGAAUCACAACCACAGCUGCCUGCAUGAUGGACCUGAGGCGGUACCCACUGGAUGAACAAAACUGCACCUUGGAAAUUGAAAGCUAUGGAUAUACAACUGAUGACAUUGAGUUUUACUGGCGUGGGGAUGAUAACGCAGUAACAGGAGUAACCAAGAUUGAACUUCCACAGUUCUCUAUUGUAGAUUAUAAACUUAUCACCAAGAAGGUUGUUUUUUCCACAGGUUCCUAUCCCAGGUUGUCCCUCAGCUUUAAGCUUAAGAGAAACAUUGGUUACUUUAUCCUGCAAACAUACAUGCCAUCUAUCUUGAUCACUAUCCUCUCCUGGGUCUCCUUCUGGAUUAAUUACGAUGCUUCAGCUGCAAGAGUGGCAUUAGGCAUUACAACUGUGCUAACGAUGACCACUAUCAAUACCCACCUCCGGGAAACUCUCCCUAAAAUCCCUUAUGUGAAGGCCAUUGACAUGUACCUGAUGGGGUGCUUUGUCUUUGUUUUCAUGGCCCUUCUGGAAUAUGCUUUGGUCAACUACAUCUUUUUUGGGAGGGGACCUCAACGCCAAAAGAAAGCAGCUGAAAAGGCCGCCAGUGCCAACAAUGAGAAGAUGCGUCUGGAUGUCAACAAGAUUUUUUAUAAAGAUAUUAAACAAAAUGGGACCCAAUAUCGAUCCUUGUGGGACCCAACUGGAAACCUCUCCCCAACUAGACGGACUACCAAUUACGAUUUCUCUCUGUAUACGAUGGACCCCCAUGAGAACAUAUUACUGAGCACUCUUGAGAUAAAAAAUGAAAUGGCCACUUCCGAGGCUGUGCUGGGACUUGGAGACCCCAGGAGCACAAUGCUGGCCUGCGAUGCCUCCAGCAUCCAGUAUCGGAAAGCCGGGUUACCCAGGCAUAGUUUUGGCCGAAAUGCCCUGGAACGGCACGUGGCACAGAAGAAAAGCCGCCUGCGGAGACGCGCCUCCCAACUGAAAAUCACCAUCCCCGACUUGACUGAUGUGAAUGCCAUAGAUCGGUGGUCCCGCAUAUUCUUCCCAGUGGUUUUUUCCUUCUUCAACAUCGUCUAUUGGCUUUACUAUGUGAACUAAAACAUAGCCUCCCAUGGGAAGCAAGGACUAGAUUCCUCCUCAAACCAGUUGUACAGCCUGACGUAGAACUUGGAAAACACAUCACUCCAGGACAAAAGUGAUGCUAAAAUACCUUAGUUGCUGGCCUAUCCUGUGGUCCAUUUCAUACCAUUUGGGUUGCUUCUGCUAAGUCAUGAAUACACUAAGGUCCCUGUGGUUUUCCAGUUAAAAUGCAAGUGAUUUGUACACAUGCUGGCAAGACUGAGUCUGAGUGUCCCACUUUAUCUGCUUAGUACACAGCCUAUACGGAGGGCAGUCAUUUAGAAGAUACUCUAGAAGGGUCAAUAGCGUCAUCAGUCAUUUUGCAGAGAAGCGGUCAUACCCAGAUACUUCCCAUCUUCCUUCCUAAGGUUGGCAUGUGAUCUGCCGUGCCACGCAGAUAUGCUAACUGAAGAUGGUCUAUGCCUGUCUUAUUAAGGUGAUAAUGGUGCCAUGGGAAGUUAAUUCCCACUGGAUUGUAGAAGGUUCUCAUGUAGUUCAAACAGGAUAGGGAGAGUCAGGACAGAGACUCAGGAAACCAUUUUGGCCAGGCUCUGUUUGCUUGAGCAUAGGAAUCAACUCCAACAUCUUCCACUUUGACACUUAGAGAAGGGGAGACUUCUGAAUGUUUUCAUGCAUGGGGGCCAAAUAAAUUUUUCUAAAAGGCUAUUUCCGAGGUCGUUAAACUAAGAGUUAAUAACCCAGAGCAGAGUGGAAAAUCCAGAAACAGCUGUUGUAACAAAAUUAAAGCAAGUGAGCAGCAUGACCCUUAUCAGCCCCUUGCAGCAUCUGGUCCACACAUACUGUGUUCAGUGGCGAAAGGUAGAGCAGGAGACAUUUUUUUCCUCCAACCUCACAAGCUUUUGACAGCAUACCUAGAGAGGUUUUUAUAGUUUAUCUAAUAAAAAGACAACCCCCAAAUAGAAAAGUUAGUGGAAUUAGAAGCAUCUUAGGUUACACUGGGAGUCAUUCCAAUAUAUGAAUAUAAAGCACAGACAGAGAUAGCAAACAGGAUGCUUUUCUCAGACAGUGUCAGCUGUCUCUACAACAUUUUCCUACAGUUUAUUUCUGAAUUUAAUAGGUUAUUUCAAAGGAAGGAUUUGUUCAUUUCUUUAGAGGAUUAAUGGUCUUUUCCAACUUUUCUUGCUUCUGAAAUUCUGAUUAUAUUCUUAAGAGACAGACAAAGUAAGGCUUUGGAGAGCUUUUGAGAGAACUAUGUUUCCUUAUGUGCAGUGAAGUUCACCUUUGUAUCUUUCAUAGCAAACAGUACUUCAAAGAUUAUGUGCACAAGUAGGGUUACUUUGUAGGUUUGCUGGGUUUGAUUUUUUUAAGGGUGAUUUCAUUGUGUAUGUUGCAACCUGCCUAAUCAAAGAAAAUAGGAAAAGUCAUGCAAAACAGAAUAACA